AUCUUUACAUUAGAAAAAAAAAACAGAAAUAAUCAUAUCAAUACAUAAAGAUCUUCUCUGCCCUCUGAAUAUAAAUCAUAUCAGCUCGCUGAGAUUCUCUGUUCCUUGCAAACUCACGAUAACUUUCGGAUUAGAGAUUUGUGAAGAAAGAAGAUGGGUAAUUUAUUCUGCUGUAUCCAAGUCGACCAAUCAACAGUAGCCAUCAAAGAAACGUUUGGGAAGUUUGAAGAUGUUCUUGAGCCUGGUUGUCACUUUCUUCCAUGGUGCCUUGGUCAGCAAGUUGCUGGUCACCUCUCUCUAAGGCUUCAGCAGUUAGAUGUUCGUUGCGAGACUAAGACAAAGGUUUCAACUUUUUUUUUAUCUCUUGGCAGAGUCUUGAUGGGUUUAGGUUUAGUACUAAUCUUGUUUCGUGUGUUUGUGUUGUUGCAGGAUAAUGUGUUUGUUAAUGUUGUUGCGUCUAUUCAGUACCGUGCCUUGGCUAACAAGGCUAAUGAUGCGUUUUACAAGCUUAGUAACACUAGGAGUCAGAUCCAAGCUUAUGUCUUUGAUGUGAUCAGAGCAAGUGUCCCCAAGCUGCUUCUUGAUGAUGUCUUUGAGCAGAAGAAUGAAAUUGCCAAAGCUGUUGAAGAGGAGCUCGAGAAGGCAAUGUCUGCUUACGGUUUUGAGAUUGUGCAAACUCUCAUUGUUGAUAUUGAGCCUGAUGAACAUGUCAAACGAGCCAUGAACGAAAUCAACGCUGCUGCAAGGAUGAGAGUGGCUGCAAACGAAAAGGCAGAAGCUGAGAAAAUCCUGCAGAUUAAGAGAGCUGAAGGUGAAGCUGAGGCCAAGUAUCUAUCUGGUCUAGGUAUAGCUCGUCAGAGGCAAGCUAUUGUUGACGGUUUACGCGACAGUGUCUUGGGAUUCUCUGUGAAUGUGCCUGGGACAACUGCUAAAGAUGUGAUGGACAUGGUGCUUGUUACGCAGUACUUUGACACGAUGAAGGAGAUUGGUGCCAGUUCCAAAUCUUCCGCUGUGUUCAUACCUCACGGACCAGGAGCGGUUCGUGAUGUGGCUACUCAGAUCAGAGAUGGGCUCCUUCAAGGGUCCUUUGCUGAGCAGUCUUGAAUGUGGAUGUAUUGAGUUUAUGUUCUUGUUGCUUUUGCUAAGCUUAUGGGUGUGUUAAGACUUAAGAUUGGAGUGCUAACUUAGCUUUAUGUUUUUUUUUAUUAAUUUUUAUUUCAACUAUUUGUGUGGAUUGAAAACAUAUAUUAUCAUA